AGGAUAUAUUAUAUAUUAACGGAAGCCACGCUAAUUAUCUCAGUGGUGUUGUUCACCGUUGCUUCUAUAUUUGUGAAAAACCUUUUCUUGGAACUACUUUUGCGUUUUAAGUUUUUUUUUCCCCCAAAACUUUUUCUUUCACGUUUGUUCAUAAUUGAGACAACUAAAGAGCAAGUGUCCGUCCUUAAGAUUACACAUAAGCUAAGCUAACUGUUACCCUGUAUUGUUCUUUGUGUUAAAGCUGAAGGUCUAACGCUUGUAACAUCUUAAACUACACCAGGAACAGACAUUCCAGGAUUUGUUGGCCAAAUGAAUGCCUCAGAUAAUAGUCGACUGACUCCUGGUCCUUCUUCACUCUGCUGACAGCUGCUUCCCAGAGUCCAGAUGAAUGCCAUAGUGUCUCAACAGCUCAGGUCUAACACUUGUAACAUCUUAAACUACACCAGGAACAGUAACUGCAAUAUCGCUAAGACCAGACCUCUGUUUGUCCAUUGCACUAUCACACUAUUACGAUAUUUUCAGCAGUUUGAAUGAUGCAGAGGAGCCUUGAGUUUUGGAGGGGAGUGUGCCAGUCUCAAGCUGAAAUCCCUCACCCAGUGUCCCUCUCACUGGGACAGCAUUGCUCCCUCCAGGAUCCGAUGAUUACAGGGCAGCUGAGCAAGCCGCUGCUCUCCCUGCGCAGCGACAUGAGCGCGGCAGAACUCCGGGCGGACGACAAAGCGGCCACCCCAGACAGCGAUCUGAACGACGAGCCCCUGCUCCUGCCCUCCGAGGCCACGGACAGAGAGGGCACUCCCAGCAAACUGUACGGAGCUCGUGAUGGUUCAGUCCAGUCUGACGCCAGCAGCAGUCCUUCUGAGCAGAGUCAGCUGGGCCAGUCCCACCCAGGAUACCCAAUGGGUCCUCAGUCUCUCUUGGUGGCCCAGCAACUGGCGAACGCAGUAGGCGGCGUGAUGUCCGGGGCAGCGCCAGGCAUGAACCAGCCUAUCCUUAUCCCCUUCAAUGCAGGCGGACACCUGGGCGGCCAGCAGGGCCUCGUUCUCUCCCUGCCCACAGCCAACAUCCAGAGCCUGGUGGCUGCUGCUGCUGCAGGGGGCAUCAUGACACUCCCCCUCCAGAACCUGCAAGCUACCUCAUCACUGAACUCCCAGCUCCAACACCUGCAGCAGCUCCAACAGAUGCAGCAGCAGCACCAGCAGCAGCAACAACAGCAACAGCAGCAACACCAUCACCAACAGACUCACUCCCAUGUCCAGAACCAGCUGCCAUCCCAGCAUCACAUGACCCCACCCAACCAGCAUCAGACCUCUGUCCCGUCUCCAGGCUCUGCCUGCUCCUCUGCCUCUGGACAGCUGCAGCAGUCCCCACCACACCGGCCCAACCAGUCGCCGGCACGCAGCCUCCCUUCGCCUGUCACCCCACCCAUGCCUUUGCCACUGAACCCACUGGCCAGCCAGGUAGCAGCAGCAGCAGCUAUGGGAUCCAUCGCCGGUUCUCAGGUGUUUGGAAACAGUCUGUCAAACCUGCAAGGAGCCACUGGACAGCUGGUCACCAACGCACAAGGACAGAUAAUUGGAACAAUCCCACUGAUGCCCAACUCUGCAGGGCCCUCCAGCCAAUCAGGGGGUAGCAACCCAGCACUGCAGGUACAGCCAAUUACACCUCAGCUUCUGACCAACGCUCAAGGCCAGAUCAUCGCCACAGUGAUCGGCAAUCAGAUCCUGCCUGUCAUCAACACCCAGGGAAUCACGCUGUCACCAAUCAAGCCUGGACAGCAGCAGCAGGGUCAGACAGGCUCCACAUCAUCUCAGCCGAACCUGCUCCACAUGCCCCACAGACAGAGUCCUCUCCACCAGGCCUCUUCCUCCUCCUCCACCUCCUCCUCUUCCUCUGCACUCAGCGUGGGGCAGCUGGUCAGCAACCCACAGACCGCCCCCAGCGAGGUCGACGGGGUCAACCUGGAGGAGAUUCGUGAAUUUGCCAAAGCAUUCAAGAUCCGCCGGCUGUCCCUGGGCCUGACACAGACUCAGGUGGGCCAGGCGCUCAGUGCCGCUGAGGGGCCGGCGUACAGCCAGUCUGCCAUCUGCAGACACACCAUCCUGAGAAGCCACUUUUUCCUACCACAGGAAGCCCAAGAGAACACUAUAGGUAGCAGUCUGACAGGCAAACUGAACCCUGGCCUUUUAUAUCCUGCCAGGUUUGAGAAGUUGGACAUCACCCCUAAAAGCGCCCAGAAGAUUAAGCCGGUUCUGGAGCGCUGGAUGGCCGAGGCUGAAGCCCGCCACCGAUCCGGCAUGCAGAACCUGACAGAGUUUAUCGGCAGUGAGCCUUCCAAAAAACGCAAGCGGAGGACCUCUUUCACCCCGCAGGCACUCGAGAUCCUCAACAGCCACUUUGAGAAGAACACACACCCCUCCGGACAGGAAAUGACGGAAAUAGCCGAGAAACUGAACUAUGACAGGGAGGUGGUGCGUGUCUGGUUCUGCAACAAGAGGCAAGCCUUGAAAAACACAAUAAAGCGCUUGAAACAGCCCGACCUUGGCCCGGCUGCACCAAUGGACCCUCUCACUGAUUCUCUAGAGGAGCUGCCGAAAUGAACAAGCUCUCUGACUAAAAAAAAAAAAAAGUGGAGUAGAAAAGUGGCAGCCAUUAAAAACAACAAAGGUGGAUGAACUCAUCUUGAAAUGAGAACAGAAAAAUGUUCUAGAGUCACCUGGACGGACUGUCAUGAGUUUGCAAACAAAAACUAUGUGUUGUCAGUGUGAUUACCACAGCUAUGUAAAUGACCUUGGCGAAACCAAAAACAUGAAAAAAGAGAUUACUAUCUGAGAAUUAUGUAAAAACAUACCGUGUGCUGUUUCAAAGAGUUUUAGAUUCUGGCCGUAUGGACCAGACUAUCGCCCAAAAUUUUGGUUCCCAUGAGGAGGGAUUUAGUAAGAGACCAUACCAAAUCAAAACACUAUUUACCAAAGUCUGUUGCAUCUGAGUACUAAGAAUAAUUUUGUAAUGUAAAUGUGCUCUAAAUUUUUACAUUUGUACUGGCAAAUCUAAGCUAUAUGUGUGAGGUUGAGUAUACAUUUUAUCUUUGUCUUGCUUAAUUUUUCCUUCAUUGUUUGUAUGUAAAUAUCUUUGAAAAAAAAAGAAAGAAAAAAGCUGUCUUUGAAUUGAAAUCACACUGAUGAAGUUCUCUUUUGGACAAAAAAAAAACUUUGCUGUUAAUUGCAUAAUAAUGUUGUUUGCCUCUGAUUUGUGUUUCAUCUGCAAAUAUUUUCAGUCACGAUGUAACUUUGUACAACUUUUACAGGUAUUUAAUAAUGAUCUCAUGAGAUUGUUUCAGAGGACGAACGGAGGGAGACUAAACUAAGGACUUUCAUGAUGAUGAUGAUGAUGAUGAUGAUGAUGAUGAUGAUGAUGAAAAGGGGUAUCAGUGUCAAGUCUACUGCAGCUUUGUUUUGAGCUACUGUGUCAUUCUGUUGCCAAAGCCUGAUAGCCAAAGAACACAUAAAUUUCAGCUCAAGGACUGAUGAAGAUUUUACCUUUUUAUUUAUUUGUUCAUCUGGCUUUCUCCCCUUUUUUCUAAAGUGUUUCACUCUGUGGAUCAAGUUUAACUUAAAAAAAAAACAAAAAAACAAAAAACACUAUCGUGUCAAACAGCUGCAACGGUUUCUGCUGUAUCACAGCAAUAUAGAAAAUGUGUUGGACGAAUUUUCUCUCAAGCUAAUUUACCUCUGCAUGCUUCAAGUCAAACAACAUGAAGAAUGAUUAGAUUAAUUUCACAAAGCAACCCAAAAUAAACAUUAUUACCUAAAUUUUGCUAAUGUCAAAAUAUCACAUUAUUUUACACAAUAAGCCCUUUAAUUAAGCCCUAAAAUUAAGAAAACAUGUCGUUAAAUCCUGUUUGUUGCAACUGACCAAACUAUUGAUUGCAGCUCAGCUGUUUUUAUAACCUGAAUAUUUUAACUCACCCCUCUUUUUCUGCAACAACAAACAUACGCAGCUAAUGAAGGUUUACAGAUAUUACAAUCAAUCAAUAGAUAUUUGUUUUUCUCACCUGUGAGAUCAUUUCUAUUGAAAUGCUUAAAAAAGGUUAAUUUCAACAGAUUCUCUUCAAAAUUGCAUGUUUUUCUGAUCGUUUGUUAUCAAAAUUUUAGUAGAAGUUAAUUUCAGUACACUGAUGUCUUGAUUAAAUAUUUCAGCAAGAACCUCCCAGACAGUCAAUACAAAUAUUUGGUUUUCACAAAAAUCCUCACAGGAAAAGAAAAAGAAAGGGAAAAAAUGAGGUGAAUGUUGAGAAUAAGUGUCACAUGUCAGAACUGAGUGAACUUAAUUUGAAGUGAGGUGAAAUUUGAUGCAAUUUAUUCAGAAUCAUGUGUCUGCUCGAUAUCUGUCCUUCCAUGUCACAUUGGUUAUCUCAGUGUCCCCUGUGCACUGCUGUGUUUUUCUUCACUGCCUGUAAAACACACACACAAAGACACACACACACAUACACUUGGUAAAUUUAGAAAAUACACAAAUAAGCUUUACAUGUACAUACGUGUUUUAAAAGAAGUGAGUUUUGCAGGAAAGGCAACCUUAGAGCCUUAUUUCCUUUGGUUAACAGACCUUUCACAUAAUUUGGAUUUUUUUCAUUUUAGACAUUUGAGCUAAAUUUUCAUCUGCAUAUCUAAAUUAUCAGGUCCAUAUUUUUGUUUUAUUUGUGCCCUUAAUCAGUUUUUCUACAUUUUUAUGUUGCUUCCAGUUCAUUCAGGCGAAUCUUUGGCCAAGAAUCUAAAUGUCUGCAUCCACUCACCAGGCAAAAUGUAUGAGAAAUCAGCAGGCUCCUCCUGGUAGAGUAUGGAUCUGUUCUGAGGCUUGACAAAUAAAGCUGUAACCAAAACCAAAUAAAUAAAUAAAAUAAAAAGAAGACACAGAAAAGAGUUAUGCCUUCGCUCAACCUCUCAAUGCUGGACCAAAGCUCUAUAGUUAUGCACAUUGUACAGAGAAAUAGAUUCAUGAUGUUGACAAUCUUUAAAAUCAGAGAUGAAAGAAUUGAAGAGUAGAAAUGUACAGUAGUUCAUCCAAGGUUUACCUCAGCACCAUCCUUGUGAGAAUCAUACAAAUGCCAUACAAGCAGCAGGUCAGUAGAAAAGACAGAAGAUAACUCUGCACUGUGUGUGUCGACGUUCACUUUCAAGUUGGAGGGAGAGGCUUGGGUUUUAUUUAUUAUUAUGUGACACAUAAUUGUUUUAUUUUUGUGAAGUGGUUUCCUGAGCCACAUGUGACUCUCUGGUCAUCUGUUUUUUAUUAUUGUUGCAUUAUUUCUCAUUCGUUGUGGCAUUCACCUCUCAAUUUUCACAGACCUCUAGACCUGAUUAGAGGAAAAGGAGAUUACAAUAAUUGCUCUUAACCCAAUUAGGAUGAUUUGUGAGUCACCUUUUAAAUGCUUUUGUGAAAUUUUACUAACACAAGCAAACUGGUUUGACUUUUUGUUAAUAGUUGAAGAACUCGAAACCAAAGCCGAAGAGCCUGCAGAGGUUGGUUUUCUUUUUUUUAUAGACUGAAAACUGUACUAUAGAGCAAUAUCUGUUUGGUCAGUUAAGCAGCACUUUGUGUAUUUCCAAAAAAAAAAAAAGCUUCAAGUAUGUCACAUUGAUUUGUACCAUAAUUAGUAAUAAACAAUUG